CUCCUGCUUGUCUGUCGCGCCUCCAUGUCGGAUAACCAGAGCUGGAACUCGUCGGGCUCCGAGGAGGAUCCGGAGACGGAGUCCGGGCCGCCUGUGGAGCGCUGCGGAAUCCUGAGCAAGUGGACAAACUACAUCCAUGGGUGGCAGGAUCGUUGGGUCGUUUUGAAAAACAAUACUCUAAGUUAUUACAAAUCUGAAGAUGAAACAGAAUAUGGCUGCAGGGGCUCUAUCUGUCUUAGCAAAGCUGUCAUCACGCCUCAUGAUUUUGAUGAAUGUCGAUUCGAUAUUAGUGUAAAUGACAGUGUUUGGUAUCUUCGUGCUCAGGAUCCUGAUCACAGACAACAGUGGAUAGAUGCCAUCGAACAGCACAAGACUGAAUCUGGAUAUGGCUCUGAAUCCAGCCUUCGCCGACAUGGCUCAAUGGUGUCACUGGUGUCUGGAGCAAGUGGCUAUUCUGCAACAUCCACCUCUUCAUUCAAGAAAGGCCACAGUUUACGUGAAAAAUUGGCUGAAAUGGAAACUUUUAGAGACAUCUUAUGUAGACAAGUUGACACUCUACAGAAGUUCUUUGAUAUCUGUGCUGAUGCUGUCUCCAAGGAUGAACUUCAAAGGGAUAAAGUGGUAGAAGAUGAUGAAGAUGACUUUCCAACAACACGUUCUGAUGGAGAUUUCUUGCAUAAUACUAAUGGCAAUAAGGAGAAGAUAUUUCCUCAUGUAACACCCAAAGGGAUUAAUGGUAUAGACUUCAAAGGGGAGGCAAUAACAUUUAAAGCAACUACUGCUGGAAUCCUUGCUACACUUUCUCAUUGUAUUGAACUAAUGGUGAAACGUGAGGAAAGCUGGCAAAAGAGAUUGGAUAAGGAAGUUGAGAAGAGGAGAAGAUCAGAAGAAUCUUGCCAAAAUGCUAUGACUGAACUUAAGAAAAAGUCCCACUUUGGAGGACCAGACUAUGAGGAAGGCCCAAAUAGUCUGAUUAAUGAAGAAGAGUUCUUUGAUGCUGUUGAAGCUGCACUUGACAGACAAGACAAAAUAGAAGAACAGUCACAGAGUGAAAAAGUUAGGUUACAUUGGCCUCCAUCCUUGCCGUCAGGAGAUGCCUUCUCUUCUGUGGGAACUCAUAGAUUUGUCCAAAAGCCCUAUAGUCGCUCUUCCUCCAUGUCUUCCAUUGAUCUUGUCAGUGCCUCUGACGAUGUUCACAGAUUCAGCUCUCAGGUUGAAGAGAUGGUACAAAACCAUAUGACGUAUUCAUUACAAGAUGUAGGUGGAGAUGCUAAUUGGCAGUUGGUUGUAGAAGAAGGAGAAAUGAAGGUAUAUAGAAGAGAAGUAGAAGAGAAUGGAAUUGUUCUCGAUCCUUUGAAAGCUACCCAUGCAGUUAAAGGUGUCACAGGACAUGAAGUUUGCAAUUACUUCUGGAAUGUUGAUGUUCGAAAUGACUGGGAAACAACUAUAGAGAACUUUCAUGUGGUGGAAACAUUAGCUGAUAAUGCAAUCAUCGUUUAUCAAACACACAAGAGAGUAUGGCCUGCUUCUCAGCGAGAUGUUUUAUAUCUUUCUGCCAUUCGAAAAAUACCAGCCAAGACUGAAAAUGACCCUGAAACAUGGAUAGUUUGUAAUUUUUCUGUGGAUCAUGACAGUGCUCCUCUGAACAAUCGAUGUGUCCGUGCCAAAAUAAAUAUUGCUAUGAUCUGUCAAACCUUGGUAAGCCCACCAGAGGGAAACCAGGAGAUUAGCAGAGACAACGUUCUAUGCAAGAUUACCUAUGUAGCUAAUGUGAACCCUGGAGGAUGGGCACCAGCCUCCGUGCUAAGAGCAGUAGCAAAGCGUGAAUAUCCCAAGUUUCUGAAACGUUUUACUUCUUAUGUUCAAGAAAAAACUGCGGGAAAACCUAUAUUAUUCUAG